GAUCAAUCCCAAGCAUCAAUUGUGACCAAAGGUUCCUGCACAGCUUACUGCCACAAGAUCUGAAGCACAGGUAACGUUAAGAAGCCCUUGGAGGUGGCAAUAUUGUGGGUCGACCAAAGACUACCAGUUUGUACAGAGGGGCAAGACCACGCGAUGCAAAAUCAACCUACCUGCAGAGCACCAGCCUGUUUAGUAGCAUCCAAACCACUAAGUCGAAGCCACGUGAAUUUGUGAAAAUGCAGGCGUUGUCGAUUGGUGCAUUGUUUGAGGUCGUUGAUAUCACUCUUCUCAAUGAUUUCGAGAGCUGACGAAAAAAAGGAUUCUAUAGGUGUGUGGUCCUCUCGCUUCUGUAAUUCUUACUCUGCUUUAGUGUGACGAGGUGCGUCGAUGAGCUUGUGCAGUGUUCUCGUGAAAUACAAGAAGGAUGUUCCCUAGAGCGGCACAGCAUGGCUGAGGAAUGGUUGCGGGUGGAGCCCCAGGGUCAUCCAACCACUUGUUCGCCGUUUGACUUGUUCCAGAUGAUGCAAGGACUCGACAUAAUCGAGGUCUGCUUGUUCAUAUGAACGUGUGUCAUGGAUGAGGUGGUUCCCGUUGGGGAUCGACCGGGACCCAAAUUUCUUUAUUCGAAAAUUAUUCGGUACAGGAGGAGAGAGCAGCACUUGAUGCUGGUCUUUCAUACGUGUGUCACACAGCAGUUGAAAGCUUGGUUACACUGUGAAUGGGAGCCGGAACCAAAACUCGGUUGGUCGGUUUCAGAGAUGAAACAGUCGUUGAUGUUGGAGGUCCGCAGACGACGACCAGAAUCAUGGAGCAGUAAAUUGGAGUCAUGGGUCUUUACCACAAAAAUCCUGGGAGGUUGAGUUCCCGCCCCGGGCAAUUUGGAACUUGUGAAUUGCACUAAGAGCUGGUUUGAUACUUUCGGCUAUUUCCAUUCUGCUUUCCAACGUGGUGCCAUCCCUGCUGUUUUCAUCAUGCUGUUUCGACGCAGUUUGUCGAGGUACCGUCAAGCCUAUAAAGAUAAGUAUUUAUCUUUACAGCUGCGAUUGACCGGCAACCUGACGCAAAGCAGCCUAUAAAUCGAGUUAGAUUCACAAUAAUACGCUCAACCGCUGGUCUACAACCUUGCUACCCCUCUGUGGGCGAGUGUCUCCAUCCACUGGGUGCAUAAACCGUUGUAAGCACUCGAUUAAAGCAUCGGUAGGUUAACAAUGACGAGUCGUGAACAUGAGGCCUCGGUGAACACAUAUCGGCUAUCAAGAACUCGCUGGGCAUAACCGGUUAUCUUGAUUUCCGCGAAAUAAAGCCAAGCCAUGACCUGUUGCAACGCCCUGAAAGCUACAAGGAAUGAUGCGGAUACUGUUGAGAUCUAGUGGCCCAGGUAUCAAACAAGUUGGAUGGAAAGGGGUAUGGGGAACCCAUGGAUCUCACGUGGUAGAUCUGAAUCGUCGGUCGCGAGAUAAACUACUGUACACAUACCUCUGUUAGCGACCAGAACAACGCUGCGGCAAUUUCUUCAAAUGUAAUCUUAAGAUGAAUGUAUU